CAUCGGCCGAGUAUUUCGUCCACAAUCUCAUGAGUCCCGUCUAUUUCUACAACAAAUUCAAACACUUGCCAUCAGAUGCCCUGAUCCUUGAAAUAGGACCGCACGGACUGUUCAGUCAAGUAGUGAAGGAAACCCUCGAAUCGGGUACUUAUGUGUCACUCAUUAAGAAAGACUCAAACGAUACAAAUCUGGAUAUGUUUUUGGCUUCAAUCGCAAAGUUGUAUGAAUUAGGACUCAAUCCUUUGAUUGAGAACUUAUACCCUCCCAUCCAAUGGCCGGUCGCUAGAAGUACUCAAUCGAUUAGUUCUCUAUUGAAAUGGGAUCACGAAUACAAUAAUCUCGUUCGCAAAUAUCCUGACUAUCACUUCAGAUCGUAUGCCUCUGACAUGAAUGAAGUAUACAAUCCGUCACAAAGUAUGAAAGCUUUUAUGCCCGAGCAUUGCAUUGACGGCAAUGUUUUAUAUCCGGCCACCGGUUAUCUGAUGCUCGCCUGGAGACGAAUGGCUGCACAACACGGAAAACUGUGGAACCAAUUGCCGGCCAUCUUCGAGGACGUCCAGUUCCGGAGACCCAUAUUCUUGUCCGACACCGAUAUGACCAGAAUUAAAGUCAGAUAUAUUGAGACUUCAGGUGAGUUUACAAUCCUAGAGAGCGGUGAGUUUACAAUCCUAGAGAGCGGUAAUAUAACAUGUGUGGGAAGGGUUCGCACCAGUGAUGAGUACGCUCUCAAUCUACAACAUGUCUUGGUUGACACCGAAGCCCAUAUGGACGAGGAGUUUGCGGUCAAUUUGACCACAACUGAUAUCUAUAAGGAUCUCAAAAUCUUGGGCUACGAUUACGGGCCAAAGUUUAGACGCAUCCGAUCGAUGAAAACAAAUGAUUUCGAGACAAUGAAUGGACAAAUCAGUUGGGAUGGAAAUUGGGUCACUUUUAUGGAUUCACUGUUGCAGACAAUGGUCGCUGGAAUGCCAUUCAGGAAAAUGAUGGUUCCAGUGAUGAUUAGGAGCAUUCGGUGCGAUCCAAAGGCUAUGUAUGAGGGAAUCGCUGCACACAAAACAGCAGAACAUAGAGAACGUGAGUUUACAAUCCUAGAGAGCGGUAAUAUAACAUGUGUGGGAAGGGUUCGCACCAGUGAUGAGUACGCUCUCAAUUUACAACAUGUCUUGGUUGACACCGAAGCCCAUAUGGACGAGGAGUUUGCGGUCAAUUUGACCACAACUGAUAUCUAUAAGGAUCUCAAAAUAUUGGGCUACGAUUACGGGCCAAAGUUUAGACGAAUCCGAUCUAUGAAAACAAAUGAUUUCGAGACAAUGAAUGGACAAAUCAGUUGGGAUGGAAAUUGGGUCACUUUUAUGGACUCACUGUUGCAGACAAUGGUCGCUGGAAUGCCAUUCAGGAAAAUGAUGGUUCCGGUGAUGAUUAGGAGCAUUCGGUGCGAUCCAAAGGCUAUGUAUGAGGGAAUCGCUGCACACAAAACAGCAGAACAUAGAGAACGUCGGGCUGUUCUCGACUAUGUGAUGGAUGACGAGAAUCUCAAUGUAAUUGCCUUAAGCGGUGGCGACAAAGCUUUGAAUGAGGGGGAAGUGGAGGGCAUUUUGUCCACUUAUAACGUUGAUUACAUGGAAGAGUUGUUCGGCCAAGAGUUUCACGUCUAUCCGUCGGUAUUGCCAUUCCAUGUGGACAUUAAUUCACGAAUGAUUGUCACAUACGGUGUGGAGAUCGAGGAUUUAAUGGCUUCGCCAAUCGCUCGUAAGUCAAAUAUGCAAGACUUGAAACUAGAAUCGUAUCAAUUCGUGGCCAACGAAGAGAAUAUUGCUAUUGAAGAAUACGACAAGAAAUCAAUGACAGAGUAUCUUAAGAUCUGUUCACUAAUCGGCAACAAAAUUAAAAAAUUAAAUGAAUCAAAAGACAAAAAAGUGAUCCAAAAUAUGACCAACAAUUUGGUAAACAAGUACUUAAAUGACAUGAAAGACAAUUAUAUUUUGCUUAAAAUUCUGAACCAAGUCUAUAAGGAAAGUCUCGAUGAGAAUCAAAAUAUCAAUACUAAUAAAGUGAUCACUGAUUUGCAAAAUAAUCGCGAAUAUGACUUAUCUCUUGAUUAUAUUAAUGAAGUUUCAAAGAAUGAGCAUUUGAUUCGAUCUCUGGUCGAUAUUGUGAGCGAGUGUUUUAUCCCUAAAAAAGAGAUCAAAGUAUUGGAACUUAAUUUAACAAAUGGAUUGAUGGCUAAAGAAGUGGACACACAGUUGGCCUCAUCUCAUAUCUAUCCGAUUGAUGUCAACUACACUAUUGCUGUCAAAUCUGUCGGUGCAGUCAGUGAUAGCUAUAAGAAUCAAUCAUUUAAAUUGAUUGAAUGGAAUCCACAGAACAAUGUUUUUCCGACUGAAAUCAAUUCCACUAAUUUUAUUCUUCUGAAAGACUCAAACGAUUUAUGGGAUAUUGAUUUAGACACACAAUUGCAGGACAUGUUUGAUGUCAUUUCAGACAAAGGAUUUUUGCUCUCAGUUUUUAGAUAUCAAUUGACAGAACCAGAGCUCGCAUUGAAUCAGAUAAAUGGCAAAAAAGCCCUAAAGAAUUCAGACUUAGAGAAACGAAUCAUUGACUUCAUAAAAGCGGCCCAAAGUGUGGGUUUCAAUGUUAUCGGGCGGAAAUUGGAUACAAUCGGUUCAAUGGCUAUACUCUACAGAAAAUUAUUUUGUGAGCCUAAAGUACCAAAAAAUGAUAAUAUCAUACAAAUGACGAGUAAUGCCGAGAAAUGGUUUGAGACGUUAAAAGAGAAAAUUAUUGAACAGAAAGAAAACGAGUCAAAUGAGACGCUUUGGCUCAUUGCAAACGACUCUUCAAACAAUGGUAUCAUUGGUCUCAUUAAUUGUCUGCGUUUAGAGCCGGGAGGAGAGUGUCUGCGAUGUGUCUUCGACUGCGAUAACCUCAUCGAAGGUUGCGUCAAAUUCACUGAAAAGCCGUAUUCAGACAUUUUGGCAAAUGAUUUGCCUAUAAAUGUGCUGAAGAAUGGAAAAGUCGGUACUUAUAGACACUUCACUCUUGGAAAAAGCCACGAAAAAAUAGAGUCAAACGACUAUUUCUUGAAUGUCGGCCAUAACAGAGACUUGGCUUCCCUUCAAUGGUAUGACUCGAGGAAUUUGGUCACAAAUAAAGACGAUUACGAUUUGAUAAACACCAAAACCAACAAAACCGCGUGUCAUAUAUAUAGCGCUGGAAUGAACUUCAGAGAUGUCAUGUUCGCCACCGGUCGUAUCGGUUCGGGUCCACAAACGCUUUUUACGGAUUGUUUAAUUGGUUUCGAGUUCGCCGGCCGUCGGGCCGACACUGGAGAAAGGGUUUGCGGUUUCGAUAUGAGUCGAUGUUAUGCCACUUCUAUUGACGCAAACGAAGAGUUAAUUUCCAGAAUCCCCGACAAGUGGUCGAUGGACGACGCGGUGUCUGUAUUGAGUACUUACAGUACUGUAUGGUAUGGUCUCAUAGAGAGGGCACACAUGCAAAAAGGCGAAUCAAUUUUGAUCCAUUCGGGUGCCGGAGGUGUGGGUCAGGCGGCGAUCAGUAUUUGUCAGUUCUAUGAAUGCGAUAUUUUUGUGACCAUUGGAACCGAAGAAAAGAAAAAAUUUUUGAUGAAUACCUAUAAUAUUGCGGAAAACCGAAUAUUGAGUUCGAGAAACACUCAGUUUAAGUACAAAAUCAAAGAAAUGACUCGAGGAAAGGGAGUCGAUGUGGUUCUCAACUCUCUGACCGGCGAUAAACUGGACGCCAGUUAUGAAUGUAUCGCAGAUUGCGGUCGGUUUGUGGAGAUCGGCAAAUAUGACCUCCAAAUGAACAAACAGUUGGGAAUGUUUCCAUUCUUGAGAGACAUCUCUUUCAUCGGUGUUUCAGUGGAUCAAAAACUUUAUACAAAGAGGGGUUUCGUUAUGCGCUUCUUUGAAUGGAUGCAUCAAAACUGUGACAACGGAAUGAUUAAACCAAUCAAUCAAAAUGUGUUCAAAGCCGAAGAGGCGGAGAAGGCGUUCAGAUUCAUGACAACCGGUAAACACAUCGGAAAAAUUGUGAUCAGAAUUCGUGACGAAGAAAGCGAUAAGAAUGCAAAGAGUGCUUUCAAUCCCUCUAACAAAUUACUCGUCACUCGAAAGACAUAUUUUAAUCCAAACAAGACUUAUAUCAUAACCGGAGGUUUGGGUGGAUUUGGUCUGGAAUUCAUUCAUUGGAUGACGUUUUUAGGCGCCCGAAGAUUCGUCUUGACCUCAAGAUUUGGUGUCAAAACUGAUUACCAAAAGUUUAUUUUAAAACGUUUGGCGUCUUUGGGCGCAAACCUUAAACAAUUUGCCACAAAAGUUGUCGUUUUGACUCACGAUUGCUAUACAACUGAAGGAACGAACAAACUCUUAGCCGAAGCACACAAUUUGGGCCCAAUUGGAGGUGUCUUUCAUUUGGCUCUCGUUCUCAAUGACUCUCUUCUUGAGAACCAAACGUUCGAUAAAUUCCAGGAAACCAUUGAUUCAAAGACUAAAGUAUUUGAGAAUUUGGAUAAAAUGAGUCGUGAAUUGAGUAUAGAUUUGGACUAUUUUGUGGUCUUUUCGUCGGUUAGUUGUGGUAAAGGAAACGCCGGGCAAUCAAACUAUGGUUUCGCAAACUCUGUUUGUGAACGCAUUUGUGAAUCGAGACGAAGAGAUGGUUUGCAUGGUUUGGCCAUUCAAUGGGGACCUAUCGGUGAUGUGGGAGUAUUGGCUGAUUCUGAAAUCAACACCUCUUUGGCAGCAAUUGUUAAACAGAGAGUAAACUCUUGUUUAGAAAUUUUGGAUAAAUUGCUUCAAUCGGAUAAUUCGAUUGUUUCGUGUUUGGUGAGAGCCAAGAGAUCAGUGAUGACGGGAACCAAGGAAUCCAAACUCGUAAAUCAGGUUUGGGUUGCGCUGGGAAUCGAUCCCAAGACUACUCCCAAUCACUUAACUCUGGGAGAGAUAGGAAUGGAGUCUAUGUUUGCGGUGGAACUGCAACAGGGAUUGGAGAGGGAGAAUGAUGAAAGACUUACUCUGGGAGAGAUAGGAAUGGAGUCUAUGUUUGCGGUGGAACUGCAACAGGGAUUGGAGAGGGAGUACGACAUUAGAGUGACAUUGAAUGACAUCAAGAAUAUCACAAUAGGAAUGAUGAAAGACUUCGAAAUCGGAAAAGCGGACGAAAUGAAGAAAUUCGCCGAUGAGAUCAAGUCGUGUCGCACGAAGUUAUGUAAAGUCAAGUUCAUUAUACCGAGUGAUGCCUGCAUUAAGCUUAAUAACGUGACGACCGGAAAACCCUUGUAUUUCUUUCCACCACUUGAGGGCAUAUUUACAUCAUUGGAAGGAUUGACGGAAAAGAUUGAUCGCCCGGUCAUUGGUCUGAAUUGGACCCGAGAUAUGGAGAAAUUGGGUUCACUUAAAGAGAUCACUAAAUAUUAUAUACAACUCUUGAAGGCAUUGGAGCCGAAGGGAGACUACGAUAUCUUUGGGCACUUUUACGGAGCGCUCAUUGCGAUGAAGAUGUUGAAGAAGGCGCCGAUCGGGAAGGCUAUCAUAAUUGACAUGUUGUCUGAGGUCACUCUCGACGAGGAUAUGAUAAGUGACGACAAUUUGGUUGAGAUUAUACUGUCUUUCUGUACGAAAGACUUGCCGACAGGUUUGGAAGGAAAGCUCAACUUUGAGACCAUUGAAUCGACGAAUACGCAAGACUUGGAGGCACACAAAACCAUUGAAAGGAUGGCCGCAACUAUCAAUCAGUACCUCCGAAAGAGA